AUGUGAUACGAUGAUUAAUAGCAGCAAAAGUAAAUGAUGGAAAUAAGUGUGUGAGUAAAAGUGGAGAAAUAUUUUUUAUUGCUUUAGUGGUGAAUAGUUUUUGAUAGGAAGUAGUUGGUUCUUAAAUUAUUUGUAAAUGGAAAGUAUUAUUUUAUUAUGCUUGGUAACAGUGGGAUUGGCGACUUUGGACGUUGACAAGACAGUAGAUGGACCUCGGGUUGUAACUCCAUUGGGAGGUAUCAAAGGGUUUUAUGAUUACUCCCAGAAUGGACGAAAGUACAUGGCCUUUGAAGGGAUUCCAUAUGCUAGAGUGCCAAUUGAAGAUCUGCGAUUCAAACCACCUCAAAAAUUAAAGCCAUGGACUGGAGAUUUAGUAGCGAUCAAGACGGGAUCACCUUGCAUGCAGUAUAUUCACGAGCAGAUCGAUUCAAGAGAAAGAAUUAUAGGAGCAGAAGAUUGCUUGUACCUGAAUAUUUACAAGCCUGUAAUUGAGUCAACUAAAAAAAUGCCAGUUGUCGUUUGGAUUCACGGUGGAGCUUUCCAGUGGCAUAUGGAAGCCAAUGAUGGCCAAUUCACAAGACCUGACUAUCUUAUGGACCGAGAUAUUAUUUUUGUGUCUUUCAGUUACCGUGUUGGUCCUCUUGGUUUCUUGAGCACUGGAGAUGAUAACAUUUCGGGAAAUAUGGGUCUUAAAGAUCAAAGCAUGGCCAUUCGCUGGGUUAAUGAAAAUAUCGAUGCUUUUGGUGGUGAUUCUGAAAAUAUUUCUCUCUUUGGAUUGAGUGCAGGUGGAGUGAGUGUACACUACCAUUAUUUAACGUAUUUGAGCAGAGGAUUAUUCAAAAGAGGAAUAUCUUUCAGUGGGACUGCGUUAAAUUCCUGGGGCAUUACAGAAGAAUCAGCAGAAAAAGCAAGAAAAGUAGCGAUGAUCGUUGGAUGUCCUUCUUCAAAUACUGAAGAAAUGGUAAAAUGUCUCAGGGCUCGUCCUGCAAGUCAAAUAUCGCUCACUGUAAUGCAUUUUAUGCCUUGGUUAUACAAUCCAAUGACUCCAUUUGGUCCUGUAGUUGAGAAAUCAACAUCUGAAUCACCAUUUAUUACAUCAUAUCCAAUUGAUAUAAUUAAUAAUAACGAAGUUUAUGACGCCCCCUGGAUUACCGGUGUCGUUUCCGAAGAAGGACUUUAUCCUGGCGCUGAGUUCUGUGCUAAUGAGAAAUUGUUGAAAGAACUAGACGCAAGGUGGGAUGCUUUAGCACCUUUUAUCCUCGAUUAUAAUUAUACUAUUCCUCUUUCUAAACAAGUGGAAGUAGGGAAAAAAAUCCGACGCCACUAUAUUGGUGAUAAACCAAUUGAUGAUAGUACGGCAAUGUCAAUUAUCCAUAUGAUCGGUGAUCGACUUUACACCGCAGAUAGCAUAAAAGCUGCUAAGCUUAUGGCUAAACAAAAUAAGAAUCCCGUAUUUUAUUAUUACUUCACGUACAAAGGCGCAGAGAGCGUUUCUCAUGUUAUGACUAGGACAAAAAAAGACUGGGGUGUCGCACAUGGUGAUGACUUGUACUUUAUUAUCGCAUCACCAGCGAAAAAUCCAACUACUACUUGGGAAGAUCGUUCGAUGCAACGAGAACUCUUGGAUUUUUGGAUCUCUUUCGCGACUUAUGGAACUCCUGAUGUUGGUAUUGAAUGGAAACCGGUUAAUCCAAGUACUAUCAAAUUAAAUUACCUUCAUAUAUACGGACCAGGUGAAAGAAAAAUGAAUGAAGAUGAUAAUCUUGGUCAAAUUAAACUCUGGUCUGAAAUUGAUUUUAAUGAAAAUAAAAUAAAAUUUACAACAAAACCUAAAAUAUAAUUUAUAAUAAAUAUAUAAUUUGUUUCUAAAUAAAUUUUUUUUUUUACACGGAAAAAAAAA